AUGCCGCCGCUCGUCACUCGCAAUGCACGAGGUAGGCUCCCGCACGAGGACGCCAUCCUUGUCGAGAGGGAUGACGACGUAGACGAUGCAGACAAAGUACAACUCUUUCCGUCCGUCCCGUCCAGCCGAGAGAUCAGUCGAAAACUCGAUGGGAUGGGCGAGAGCUUGGCUUUGCAGGCCAAGGAGCGACGACGCAAAGGUGAGGCUUCCUCUGCUGCGCAUCCGGAGACGUUCUAUUCAAGGCAGAGCGACCGCCCCACAACAAGGAACCAUCGCCACCGUCCCGAUGGGCCGAUAGCACUCGAGGAGCCCAGCGACGGUCGAAGCAAUGACCGAGAGGCAUUGAUUCUGGUGGUACGGAAUAGCCCAGGUGUGGGCCCUGUCAAUGGGUCAAGCCACAACACCAAGAACAAACCACCAGCCUCGUCUCGGACCAGGAUGGUCGAUCGCAUGCAUAAAAAAAUGCCUUCGCCAAUGGUAGCCAGCACUUCUCAGCGUCGAUCUUUGUCAUCCAUGGCUCCCUCGACCUUGCCGACCUUGCCUGGAAGUCAGCUAGCAAGUCCCAAUGAUCUCUUUGGCUCGUCCCGCGGCGCCAAACGCAUGAGGACCGAGGCCGGCACGACAUCGUCCGUGUUGGACGAUUCUUCCCACUCAUCACCCCAGAUAUUGGAAGUGCGCCUGCAAGCCAUCGUGGUCUCCGGCAUGGGGAGAUCUCGCGAACGCGAUCACGCCGCCGUCUGGGUCAAUGCGCAUUCCUUACAGUGUGGUGUCGCUGCCAACCACCGAGCUACUAUUCGAUACAGCAAUAUCCGUGAGGUACUGACGAAUACACCCGACGUCAAAGGGUGUGGCAUCCUGUGCCUUACGUUGACGCCUGGUUGCAAGAGCGCAAGGGAGCUCCAGAAGACGUUUCCCGACGUUGAUCCAUGCGCCUCUGGUGAUGCAGCUCAGAUCCAGAUGGUUGCUUGCGACUCCUCGGCGGAUGACCUUAGCGAGCCGCAAGAGCCACAGCCACGCAAGGUGCGCACCUUGAUCACUCCAGGCUCACAUCGUCCGUCCGAGUCUUUCACACGGGGUCUGAAUCGUACCAACGUCACGUACGAGUCCUAUGCACCAAGGAAGAAGACAUUCGAUCUUCAGCCACCGUCUCCGACGGCUUCGGCCACUUUGGGUCGCGCUCGCAAUGCCUCACCGUCGCUUCCGUCCUUAACUAUUCCAAAAGCUGAAAUCGAUCCAAUCGCACCUCCGAAGGUUGAGGUCAGAAGACCACCCGUCUCGCACGAGAACGGCACAAUCCUGCAAUACCCAUGCGAGGGCACCGGAGCCGUGUCAUUGAGGAUAUCAGAUUUCGACAAGCUCCUUGACGGCGGGCUCCUGAACGACAUUGCGAUCGACUUCGGCGUCAAGGUCAUCCUCGCAGAGAUUCGUGCGAGGGAUCCGAUGCUGGCCGACAGUAUCUACGUCUUCAACACCUUUUUCUUCUCCAUCCUCAUGUCGGAUUCGGUAGAGAACAGCUACGCCAAGCUACGCCGAUGGACGGUCAAAGAGGAUCUCUUUGCAGAGAAGUACGUCGUCAUUCCCGUCAACGAAGACUAUCACUGGUAUCUCGCCUUGAUCGUCCAUCCGGCGUACAUCUUCGCGGACCAACAUAGGGACAGCAACAGCGAGAAGGACAAGGGUGAGGUGGCUGCAUCGCUGAUGUUGCCAUCACCAAAGUCGAGACGGCAGUCCCCAGCGCUCGAGCAGAUUGCAGACACGGAGCGAGAUCCGCUCAAGGUCGAGCCACGUGUCGAAGAUAAGCCCGCGGCCAGCUCAGAGCCCGGCGCGCCGCCUUUGCCGUCCACGAGUGUUUUACCGCAGACAGCCGACAAACAACCAGGCUCCGUGCUUGCCCCCAUGGCCGUAGACGCCAAACCGUGCGCCGCUUUGGACGAGAAGAAGCCGCCUUUGUCAGCAUCAGCAAGUCGGCCUAAGCCGGAAGCGAGAAGAGAGCCAAAACUCGAAGACGAUGCCCAGGCGCCAGCCUCGAAAAGCGCUUCCAAGUUGUAUCUCGCUGCAAGCUCCACCGAUGCGUCCGAGAUUCAAGCAAGGGAGUCGCCCGGGGAUCCAGGCGGAUCAAGAGAAUCAGCAACCGUGGCAAAAGUGACGAACCUGCGCUCUGUACCCGUGCACGACAAACGACAGGCGAACGGAGCCGCAGCUGCCAAGCUCACAGAAGCGGAAGCGUCGAGCAAAAGCCUGUCCAAAGCCGCAUACAUCAACGCCUCGGUUUCGGAGCAGCCCGACUUUUGCGGCUGCAGGGUAUAUCUCGGGAUCCGGAGAAGCUGCUCGCGUCGAUAG